UCACCAGUUCAGUAUCAAUUAAAUUUUGUACAAAUUGCAUGUGAAAUGCUUUAUGCACACACCUACCCUGUAUUGGUUUCUGGCCUAGUUUAUAAGUUUAUAGAUUUAUUAUCUAAUCAUGUUUUAAGAAAACAGGAUUACCUAAAACUAUCCUAAUAUUCAGAAAUUUAGUAUAUAAUAAUUAUUUUUCACAUGACAUAUAAAACUUUGGACCUGCCUUUUUUGUUUAAUUUAGCAGUGGCUUUGAGAUCGCACUGCCUACAAGUUAUGGCCUUAAAUUAAAGUUUUUACUUCAGUAUGUGUAGGUUUAUUUCUGCGUAUUUAAGGAUAACAAGAGAAGAAAGCUAUAACGUGAAAAACAUAUAUAAUAUUAUAAUCAUCUGGAUGGGCUACAUAUAAAUCAUGGACUUUAUAUAAGCCAGAAACAUAACUGAAAGACUCCUAAAAAACUGCUACUAUUCAAAAUUAAUUCAAAUCUAAUCCUAAUCUCAAUUAACUAAAAGAUAUGAUCAACAACAACCAAUUAUUUAAUAAAUCUAAAUUUAAAAUUCAAAGCAUUAUUUCAAAAGUAUGUUCAAGAUUACAUCCAACGGGCAUUCACAUCUCUCCAUUAAUUUUGACAAGUGGAGUUUUAAGUAGAAUUUUGUAUACCAGUUAGAAAAGGCUGAUUAGACAAAAAUAGGGCAACUCAAUCUUUUGAAGUUUCUCUUUUCAUCACAUGUGGACUGGACUGGACUAUUGUAAGUGAAGGGUAUCAAUAAUUGGUUGGUAGUUGAUUCAUUGCAAUUUAAUAUAUUUUCCAAAGAUGGAACCAGCACAACCACUCAAGAAGGCGCUAGCCGUAUAAUCAAAUGAUCAGAAUGACUCAAGAGGCUUAAUGAUUCCUUGGUCACAAAUGUAAAAACAGUUAUUCAAAAACCUGAAAGACUAAAAUCAUCUUAUAGUUUAACUUAGUGUUCAUACCUUCUUCCAAAUUUACAUAAAACUCACUCUGUUAAUCUCUGAUCACAUCUUAAUAACUGUGAUAUUAUCUGCUGGAAGUUGAUUCAGGGACAAAUGAAGUGACAAAUGGUGCAUUACAUAAUUGCCUGAAUAUUUAACGCCACCUAAUGCUUCAUGCUAUUAUACUCUAUAGUAUGAAUCAUGGUACUAUAUAAUUGCCUGCAAUCCGGCAUAACAAACUAGACGGCAAAUAAAUUUUAGAGGUCCCCUGAAAAAAAUAUACUUUUGAAAAUUUUAUUUAAUUUGCAAAAGCUUUUUUGUGUGUGUUUGCCAAUUUGUCAUAUUAGACUAUUUAAUUUCAACCAUUGGUGUGCUUGGCUUCAUUAGAACUAUGCAGUAUAAAUACUAGGUCUGAGCAGAGUAUAUAAUGCUGCAGCUAAUUUCAUUCAAUCUGCAUAUUAAUUUUAGACCACUUUGAUGGGUGUUGAAACCACCAAAUAAAUUUGUACUCUAUUUAAUUUUGUGUAUAGCAGUGAGAAGGGCCGAACAUAGGGGAUUGGUAUGGUUGAUCUUAAACAUUGAGAACUAGACCAAAUUCAACAUGAGAGAUUAUGUUUAUCAAGAAAAGAGUACAUGUUAGUCUAACAUUCUUUGUGAAGAAUACUCGUUGAACAAGAACACUAUAUGAAUAGAAACACUUGCCAAAUAAAUAUAUAGAUGUAGUGGCCAGGCAACGGCAAAUUGUGAUUUUCAUUACGUUAAGUAUUGAUCCUUUUCCGAGAUUCGAGAAAUUGGUGAGGCUAGGAAAUUGGAUAGAAGGGAAGUAGUUAAAUUAAAAAAGUACAAGGAAUUUUGGCUCUUGCUACCAUGUGGAACUAGGUAAAGAAAGGGUUGUUAACACAUAAUAUAAUCUAUAUUCGGUACAUAUACAAAUAAAUUCUUAGGUCUAAGCAUAGCCAUCAAUUUGUAAUACUCAAUAACCGAUAUAUGUAGAUUACAUAUCAUAUUUGUAUAUGAUGAUUACAUAUCGUUAUAUAUGUAUGUAUGUAUAUUAUAUAUAUAUAUAUGUAUAUAUAUAGAGAGUUGGACUCGAUGGAGACAAAAAACUUUGGAGUCCUUAGAGACUACAAGAUCUACCGUUAAAAUAAUCUGACAAUUAAUGAACAUGAUUAAAAAAAAUUUGUCCUGCAUUUCUUGUCCUACAUUUCUAGUAAUGUAAUAUUAAUUAUUAACAUUAUUCUUAUCCUACAUUUCUAGUAAUGCAUUAUUAAUAUUUUUAUCCUGCAUUUCUUGUUUUAGUUUUAAUUCAAAACUAUUUUUAUAAUUUACACUAUUCUUGUCCUGCAUUUCUAGUAAUGUAAUAUUAAUAAUUUGUCCCGCAUAUUUGUGAUAUAUCUAAGUGUUAUUUUGUCUUGCAACAAAUUCAAUUCGUUGCCGGACAAUGACAAUGAGUUUAGUGCCAAUCAUAGCAAUGUCCAACUACAUAUGCAAUUAUUAUUUUUAUUUUUUAGGAUUUCGGUGAUUGAACACCGAUAUUAAGAAAUUAUUAUUUUAUGUUAUGCAAGAUUUAGAAGUUCUGCUUGUUGUUCACCGAUUUAGAAGUGCAGGACAUGAUAGGGAGAGAAAACGAAUGUGCAGGACAAAUAUCUGUAGCCCUUGGAUGGGUAAGAAAUGAAUGACUGUGAUUAAGUCUCUAAAACCUCCACAAAAAUCAGUCUCCAUAAAACUUUUCUCUCUCUCUAUAUAUAUAUGUAUAUAGGGUAGUGGUCAAAUGCAAACGACCCCUUAAAUACAAACUAAAAACCAGUCUAAUUUAGUGAUGUUCUCUUUAGAAUUUAGUGAUUUGUGUUACAUAAAUUGGUUAAAACUUCUAGAAACUGUUGAAAAACUCCAGAGCUGUUCUAGUUUUCGAUUCAGGUGGUGGUUGCAGUGGUGGAGACAGUGGAGGUGAUGGUGGAGAUGGAGGUAGUGGACAUGGAAGGAGUUUUUAGCUCUCUUUAGCAGUUUUUGGCAAAGAUGUAAAAACGAAAUUACAAUAAAGUCGGGCAGAUGGUGUUGGAGGUGAGGAAGACCGAGGUGGAGGUGGAGACGGAGGUGAAGGUGGAGACGGGGGUAGAGGUGGAGUGGAAGGCGCGGUGGAGGUGGGUUGGAUUUGGUGGUGAUAUAAAUAAUGAAGGUGGACAUGGAGGUGGUGGUUAUGGAUGGGGCGGGCGGCAUGGAGGUGGAGGGAGCGGCAGACUUGGCGGCGUGGCGGGGUGAAGCUGCCGGAAGUGGGAGGAGGCAGAGGCUGCUCGGAGAAGGAGAAGGAGAAAAUGGGGUUGGAGAAUUUAGUGAUAUACUCUUAGAAAUUUAGUGAUGAUUUUUAGUUUGUAGAAUAAAGAGGUUUGUAUCAGAGUAAGACUAUAUAUAUAUAUAGGUAUGUAUGUAUGUGUAGAAACCUAUCUUAGGAUUAUAUAAUAAUUUUGUAGGUUUUGAAUUAAUUAUAUAUUUUAUGCUCGACAUCAUGUUGUGUAAAAUAAACGAGAGGUGUUUUUGCAUAAUCGUGAAGUGAUCGUAUUUACUGAGUGAGCAAAUCCAUUCACUGUCACAUAUAUUAUUAACAACAAUUAUAUGCUGAAGUGGAUGUAACAUUGUGUACCUACCAAAGUCCUUACUCAUUACCGCAUGUUCAGUAGGCAGUCUUUAUAUAUCCGGCUCUUUCCAUCACACUUGCACAUCUUAAUUCUCUUUAUCUAUCUUGCAUUUAGAUUUUAUACACCAAGAGACAUAUCUACAACAAUGCCUGAUUUCUCAAGUUGUGUAAAGCUCAAGUACCUAAAACUAGGUUACCAGAUUCUUGUGAACCACUUUGUUGCCUCGGUCCUUAUAACAAUCUUGGUUUAUAUAUUAAGUGAAGUACUUAGAUCAAGUCCUCAUGAGAUAGUGGCCUUUUGGAAUUGUCUUCAUUUUGAUCUCGUCCAGAUACUUUGGUCUUCAUUUCUUUUUAUUUUUAUAUCAACCCUCUACAAUAUGUCUAAGCCUCAAACAGUAUACCUUGUUGAUUUCGCCUGUUACAAGGCUCCUGCAGAGUUAUGUUUUAGUAUAAGAGAUUACGUUGAACGUGUAAAAUUGAUCAUGUCAGGGCCAGAAAACAAAAAUCUUGAUUUUCUGCUAAGAGUUUCAGAGCGGAUUGGGCUUGGUGAACGUACUUGUAUGCCACCGGCGAUACAUUUAAACCCUCCAAACCCUACAAUGAAAGCUUUAAGGGAAGAAGCUGAGAUGGUAAUUUUCUCAGCAAUGGACUCAUUAUUUCAAAAAUCUGGACUCAAUCCCAGAGACAUAAAUGUACUAGUAGUAAAUUGCAGCAUUUGCUUUUCAACUCCUUCACUCUCUGCUAUGGUGAUUAACAAGUACAAAAUGAAUGCCAGCAUAAAGAGCUUUAAUAUAUUGGGAAUGGGCUGCAGUGGUAGUCUGAUAUCAAUAGAUUUAGUGCGUCAGCUCCUGCAAGCUCAUCCAAGUUACAAUGCUGUGGUCGUAAGUGCAGAACUCAUGACAACAAUUUUCUACAGAGGAAAAGAGAGAUCAAUGCUUGUUCCCAAUUGUUUGUUUCGAAUGGGUGGUGCAGCCAUUUUCUUAUCAACUAGAAACUCUUUCUGCAACGUAGGGGCCAAGUACCGUCUUCUCCAUCUAGUUCGAACCCACACAGCUGGUGAUGAUAAGUCCCAUAAUUGUGUUUAUGUGAAAGAAGAUCCAGAGGGAGUUUUAGGGAUAUGGCUGUCAAAGGACCUACUGGCUGUUGCUGGAGAGGCCUUAAAACUGAAUUUGACAUCCCUGGGUCCUCUUGUUCUUCCUGCAUCUGAGAGAUUUCUUUAUAUGUUGAACUUCAUUGCUCGGAGGAUUUUUCACCUCAGGUGGAAGCCCUAUAUCCCGGACUUUAAACAGGCCUUCAAGCACUUCUGUAUCCAUGCAGGAGGACCAGCCGUGAUCGACGGGGUGCAGGAUACCCUUCAGCUAUCAAAGGAGCAAGUGGAGGCAUCAAGGUCGGCAUUUCACCGGUUCGGGAAUACAUCAUCCUCAUCGUUGUGGUAUGAGAUGAGCUAUAUAGAAGCUAAGGGGAGGAUGAAUAAAGGCGAUAGAAUUUGGCAAAUAGCGUUUGGGAGUGGAUACAAGUGUUUUAGCGCUGUUUGGGAAUGCAAUGAAACUGUCAAAUUUCCACCAACUGAACCAUGGCUUGAUUGCAUUGAUAACUACCCAACAUGUAUUCCUCAAGUGGCAAAAUAGUGAAGCCUGGUUAACAUUAGUGGUUGUCCAUGUCUGAAUAUAUCUGGUAGUUUGAGUUGGGAUUAUCGGUCCAUAGGGGAACGGUUGCUACCCGAUCUUGAGUUUCAGAUUAAUAUUAAUGAGUUUUAAAAAAAAGUGUCUAAUAUGACACAUAGAUAACAGUGAUAAUAAAGUGUUUCUUUUAGCUGAACAUGAUGUAUGGUCGAUGAUUGUAUGUACUAUGGACUUGAUUCUGUUUGAUAAUAUAUGAAGCAUUACAGAAUCUACACAAGUACGCAUUAGUA